GUGGAAAAAGGGGGAAGAAACGUGACCCUUUACGACGAUGGAAAACUGGUGGUGCUCUGCUCUGAUAUUUUCCCUUCUCUUAUCUUCUUUUCUCCUAUGCGGAGUAUUAUAUUACUCUUCUUCAUAGUUUAAUCCAGAGCUCUGAAGUGAGAGCACAAAAAUAAAUGGGGUUUGGUUCCUUAGCCUCUUACAAGAGAUGGGCUUUCCCGAUCCAGCCCUCUGCUCCAAAGCAACCACUGAGACACCCUACCGCAUUGACGGGUAGGGAAGCUUUGUUCGAAUCAGGAAGAUCCACCCAUCAUCUCGUUUUAGAGGGAGGUGAGGUGUACCGAGACGCUCCAAAAGCCUACACAUAUUCCUCUGGAGCAACACAAAGCACGAGAAGCUCAAAGAUACAUGACGUGGAGCUCUAUAGAGGUUCCUACAAUUCAAGUAGCCCGAUAAACACUAUGGAGGAUUCACCUGCAUGUGUUGAAAGUCUAAGAAGAUCUAGUAGCCAUAUUCAGUUUAGCUUACUAAUGGAAAACCUUGGCGAAAUAGAGGACAUUCUUGCGGGCGGUGAUGCGGUGAGGCUAGAAAGAGAUAUUAUGCUACAUAUUGGGAAGCUUGGAGCUCUGAAAUUAUUUCGUGCAUGUCUCUCCAGGACCUUAAUGGCCCCAACUUCUAUAAACUCGGAUUUUUUACUUACUGAGAAUUUCAGGGGUUAUUCGUCAAGUUUCCCUUUGAGUAGACAAGAGGCUCCCACAAUUGUUCGUAGUGGGAGAAGUGAAGAAAGGAGAUUAAGAAGGAUGAGAGCAUCUUCAAAAAGAUCCGAGAAAGUUAAAGAUCCUAAAGUUUCAGCAUUCACCCGUUGGGGCGGGCUUGAGGGCCCUUCAGAGUCAAGAAGUAGGCCUUUCAUUGCUCGAAAGGAGGCACAAAUGGCCAAGGGAGUUAAGGAAAUUGCCGACCUAGACAAUGUCCGUUUGAAAUUGGAAGGGGAAAUUGGGCAUUCAGCCAGUUAUGCAAGGUGGGCAAAAGCAGCAGGGAUUGAUCAAAAGACACUUCAGAGGCGUUUACAAUUCGGUUGGUAUUGCAGAGAUAAGCUAAUAAAGAGCACAAACUCGCUAGUUAUGUACCUAGCAAGGAACUACAGAGGAAAGGGAAUAGCCUUUGAUGAUCUACUUCAGGCGGGAAAUAUUGGUGUCCUUAAAGGUGCAGAGAGGUUUGACAACACGAGAGGAUAUCGGUUCUCAACAUAUGUUCAGUAUUGGAUUAGAAAAUCAAUGUUAGCAUUGUUAGCACAUCAUUCUAAACCAAUUCAAAUACCAGUCACUGUGGAAAGAUCUAUCAAGAGGAUACAGACAGCCAGGAGAACGUUUUAUGACGGAGAAGGUAGGUACCCAGAGGAUGAUGAGAUGGCUGAGCUCACUGGUCUUUCAUUAGCUAAUGUCAGAGUAGCUAGAAGAUGCUCUAGAGUUGCGGCUUCUCUAGAUAAAGAAAUUGUAGAUGGAUGGCGCCUAAAAUUUAUGGAAGUUACACCAGAUGCAUCAAUAAAAUCUCCUGACGCAAUUAUCGGGAGGCAGCACAUGAAUAAUGACAUUAUGGAGCUCUUGGAGAGCCUUGAAACAAGAGAGAGGCAAGUUAUACUGCUAAGAUAUGGCCUUAUAGAUGGAAGAUGCAAGUCUUUUGGUGAGAUUGCAAAGCUCAGUUGUGUAACCAAGGAAUGGAUUAGGAAAAUAGAGAGGACUGCUCUGUCAAAGAUUUGUAAAGAUGACAUUAGAAGAGAACUAAAGUGUUAUCUUAACUACAGAGAUUAAUUUGAUGGUUUGAUAAGUUGUCUACCAGCAGAUAUUCAUCUUGAGGGGACAUGUAAAUUUGACAUUGUGAAUAUUUAUAAGCGUAUAUGCAGGUUUUCUUGAUGUAUAAGCAGCAAUUUGUUAUA